AUGUCGUCGACCCGGCGGCUCGUGCUGCCUGCUGUCCACAAGCUCCGAUCCCGCCGCCGCCUCUCCUCCACCUCCUCUCCCACCCCCAACACCCCAAACGCCGCCGCCAUCCUCGCCAACCUCCUCCACGGGCACACCCCCUCCACCGCUACGCUGUCCCUCCUCCGCGCAUCGCCUGGCCUCGCCUCAGAGCUAUACGCCCUCAUCGCCGAGCCGUCCCACGCAUUCACGCCUGCCUUCCUCACUACCCUCCACUCCCUCGCGGCCCGCCACCGCCUCCCGCCUCCCUCCGCGUCGCUCCUUUCCAAGCUCCUCGCGCGCUUCUCCUCCCCAGCCGACGCCGCAAGCUUCCUCCGCGACUCCCUCGCCGCGGGCGCGCCGGCGCCGGAUGUUUCCGCCUUCAACUCCCUCCUUUCCGCGCUCGGCCGCGCUGGCAACCUGCGCGGCAUGACGGAGCUGUUCACCUCCAUGCGAGAGGCCUCCGUCAAGCCUGAUAUCGUCACCUAUGGGAUACUUCUCAACGGGCUCUGCAAGGCAGGCCGCGUGGGGGACGCGCUCAUGGUGCUCGACCGAAUGUCCAGCCCAGGCUCGGACGUCUGCGCGGAUAUUGUCAUCUUGAACACCGUAGUGGAUGGGCUGUGCAAGAUUGGCAGGCUGCAGGAUGCCAUUGUGUUCGUGGAUGAGCGGAUGAGGCGCGUGCAUGGGUGUGCGCCCAACACGGUUACAUAUAACUGCUUGGCUGAUGCGUGUUGUCGAGUGGGGGAUAUUGGCAUGGCUUGCCAAAUUGUGGAGAGAAUGGAGAAAGAGGGUGUGGCACCGAAUGUUAUCACGAUGAACACAAUUGUUGGUGGCUUAUGCCGAGUUGGGAGGGUUGGUGCUGCACUGGAUUUCUUCCACGAGAAGAGGAUAGCUUGGCUGGAGGCCAGGGGCAAUGCUGUGACCUAUAGCACUUUGGUUAGUGCUUUCCUCCACUGCAACAAUGUGGGCAUGGCCAUGGAGUUGUUCCAUGAGAUGGCGGAACAAGGGCAUCCACCAGAUGCAGUCAUGUAUUUCACCAUGAUAUCUGGAUUGACACAAGCAGGGCGGUUGGUGGAUGCUUGCACCAUUGCGACAUCGAUGAAGAAGGCAGGAUUUAAGUUGGACUCAAAGGCAUACAACAUUCUGAUUGGUGGAUUUUGCCGGAAGAAAAGGUUGCAUGAGGCCUAUGAGUUGCUUGAGGAGAUGAAAGGAGCUGGUCUUCAGCCAGAUGUGUACACCUACAAUACCCUGUUGUCUUGUUUGUGCAAAGCAGGAGAUUUCUCAGCUGUGGAUGAAUUAUUGGGGAAUAUGAUUGAUGAUGGCUGUCAGCCUACUGUGGUCACUUUCGGUACACUGGUACAUGGAUAUUGCAAAGCUGGUAAAACAGAUGAGGCAUUAAGAAUUUUCAGGUCCAUGGAUGAGGCCAGGAUUCAACCCAACACUGUAAUAUACAAUACUCUAAUUGACUUCCUCUGCAAGAGCAGAGAAGUUGAUGCAGCUAUCAAGCUGUUUGAUGAGAUGAGGGAAAACAAUGUGCCUGCAAAUGUGACAACCUACAAUGCAUUGUUGAAAGGUCUUCAAGAUAAGAACAUGCUAGAGAAGGCUUUUGAACUUAUGGACCGGAUGAGAGAAGAGAGGUGCACUCCUGAUUAUGUGACUAUGGAUGUUCUCAUGGAAUGGCUGCCUGAAAUUGGUGAAACAGAGAGAUUAAAAUGUUUCAUGCAGCAAAGGGAUCAAAAGGAUAAUCAUGCCUUACAUGUUUGA